AUGUCCGGAACGACCUCCUGGGACCGCCUGGUCCGCUACAUCUCCGCCAAAGACGGCCAAAUCCACUACGGCGAGCCCAUUGUUUCAGAUUCAAAGCCGGAUAUCGAUCAGCUGGCUCAGGACGGGAAGUUGGAAGUGAAUGUGCUCGAAGGAGCGAGUCCGCUUGUGGCGAAGGCGAAUGGGCAGAAGGAUAGUGUGAAGCAGCUUUUGGGACCGUUGACGCCGGGGGAUGUGCCGAUUAUUAGGUGUACGGGUUUGAAUUAUAAGACGCACAGUACGUUCUAUCUUUCGAUCGUCUACCUUGGUAAGGAUGUUGAUGCUGACGUGUGGCAAUUAGUUCUUGAGACUGGCAUGACCCUCCCCGUAAACCCGACGCUCUUCAUCAAGCCCAGCCCAGCCAUCCACGACACCCGCUCCCCAGUCCCGAUCCCCAAACUCGGCCAACCCCAAUGCGACUACGAAGGCGAACUCACCGUCGUCAUCGGCAAAGACUGCAAAAACGUCUCGGAAGCCGACGCUCUGGAUUACGUCGCCGGCUACGUCACGGGCAACGACGUCUCCUGCCGCGACUGGCAGAUGGAAAAGGACAAAGCGGGCGGCAUGCCGCAGUGGUCCUUCUCUAAGUCCUUCGACAAGUACGCCCCGCUCGGCCCGUGUAUCGUUUCCACGAAGUUGCUUGGCGAUGGUAGUGGGCUGCGCAUGAGGACGUUUGUGAACGGAGAGGAGAGGCAGAAUACCGAUACGUCGGAUUUGUGCUUUGGGGUGCGGAAGUUGGUGAGUUUUUUCAGCACCGGGCAGACGUUGCAGGCCGGUACGUGUAUUAUGACGGGUACCCCCGGAGGUGUGGGGAUUGGGAUGAAGCCGCCGAAGUAUUUGAAGGAUGGGGAUGAGGUGGUGGUGGAGAUUGAGGGGAUUGGGAGGCUGGUGAACACGAUGAAAUUUGAGUAG